AAUUAACUUCCUGAAGCUGAAAGGAGUUUGAAAUCAGCUAAUUUUUCGAGUCAAAGUAAUGCACACAUUAAUUCGAUGAUGCAGUGUUGUACUAUUGUGUUUAAGUAUAUCAGUUAGAUGGUCUUUUUGAGUUGGUAUUUUUGAAUUUUGUUCAACUUCAUGCGAUAUUUCUAUGCUUUCUAAGUUAUUGCAUCACGUUUCUACGGAAUUCUUACUGAAAAACACUCGGUACUACAUGCCAACUAGUACCAAUGGCGCUCCAGAAUUUACACGAACUUUACAAUAACAAGCGUCAUCCGAACAGAAAUGUUGGCGAUUCUGGAAAAAAUUCAAAUACUCUUAUGUGUUACGUUACGCUUGCAAGCAGUCAGGUUUAUCAGGUGGAGGUUGAUCAUAAAGCAGACUGUCAGGAAGUAAUAGACAAGAUGUGUAAAUUGAUAGGGAUUACUGAUGAAGCUAGUUAUUUUGGCAUCCUGUUAGCAGGAUCUAAGAACGAAUUGUUUUGGCUCAACAGUAGAAACAGAUUGUCAAGGCAAAUCCCGGGGCCGCCUCCAUACCACUUAUAUUUUAGAGUAAAGUAUUUUGUUCAACCAUCCACGCUUCAACUAGAGGAAACCAGGUAAUGUCAAAUAAUAAACUGUAACUGUACUUUUAAAGACAUCAGUUUUACACAAACGUCGUAUAUCAUUUGAAAAACGGAUCUUGGGAUGCUGAUACCACUCUGGAGACACAGUCGCAUUUGAUUGCUCUCAUGGCAUACAUACAGUUUGGAAAUUACAACCCAAACACCACUCCAUGCAAGUAUGCUUGCUUUUGGCCCGAAUGCCGCAACGAAAUCCCACCAGAAGCUAUUCGUAUGGCUGCCAGUUUUCAUAAAGACUUAAAAGAUAUUACCACUUCUCAUGCAAAAUAUGAACUUUUGUCUAUUGUUUCACGAGAAUUUCCCUCGUAUGGAACAUAUUUUUAUGAUGUAAAGAAUAUAUUUGAUCGCAAGCUAUUACUUGGCGUUGGUCCUAGCGAUAUUGUUUUGUGCAACUCAACUGGAGGCGUUAUUGAACGCUUUCCGUUUUGUCGAGUACACACAAUCACAAACAGCGCACGAGUUGUUACUUUAAAUUUGCUUGAAGAAGAUGGUAGUGUUAAAGGACAAAAUUAUCAAUUAUCAUCAACUCGUUUAGCUUAUUCCCUUUAUCGUACAAUUACCGAAGUUCAUGCUUUUUUUCAAAGUGAUUCAAUUAAACAAUCUUUAAUUGACCAAACCGUGCGAGAAUCAUUUACUUCAAUGUUCGAUCAUAAUGGUAAGGAAUAUGCGUUCGAUCUUCGAUUUACAUUUUUGGAAGUAUAUGAUCGUGCUAGACGACAUAUGUAUCAUUGCACAAGCAACACUACUAAUCCUAUACCUACAUGUGAGUCACGUGGUCUAACACAACGUACAAGAAGUUUGAGUGGCUCUGUGAAUUCUGUUAUACAUGCUGAUAACAUUUCAACGAGUAGCUUAGAAGCUAUCCACAAGAAUGGAGAUUCUCGAGGAAAGCAUGACUCUUCAAGCUUGGCUGAAUCAGUUGUUAGUGUUGAGGAAGUUCAAGAGAUAGUUCAGGAAACUUUACGUGAAGUAGCACUCUGUCGUGUUUGUAUGGACCAACCAAUAUCACGUGUUUUCUUUCCAUGUGGUCAUACAAUAUGCUGCAGCAUAUGCGCUGAUCGUGUAGAUCAAUGUCCUGUAUGUCGUAAAAGUAUCGAAAUCAGGCAUCCAUGCUUUUUACCUUGGAAUACAGAAUCAAAUAAUGAAGAGGUUUGUCUUCUUCCUAGUUGUACAUUUAAAGAUGUAAGUGACCGAUUUAAGUCUCAUAGACACUCACGUCACCAUAAAAACAAUACUACAUCAGAUUCAGUUUUGCAUGAAACCGCAUCAGCACCUUCCUGCGAAUUAUCAUCUUUUAUCCAUGAAAUUUCCAAAACAUGUGAUCAUUCAAGUAGCCUUAAUCAGUCCACACCAACUAGUAUUCCUCGUGUAUCCAUAAGCAGUCAAUCCAAUGUGAAUUACUUUUCAAUAGCAUCUCCAUCAAUAUCUGAUCAAAAGCCUUGUAAAGUUUCCACAAUGACUGCUUCAACCUCAGGAAACUCAGUUCCUUCACUAGUUACAUCUUCAGACAAUCCUGUAAGUCACGAAGCCGAAAAGACUGCUAGUUCUACGCGUCGUGUUACAUGGCAAACAGAAGAUUAGCGAUGCUCACUGGUAGUUAUACGCUAUACGGUAUGCACAAUAUUUGUAUAAUUUAUCCUAUUUUUCGGUGAUAUCAAAAAAAACCAUUCACAAUAACCUAAAUAAGCAUCUAAAUGAAGACGCACUUUUAUUUUUAUUUAGCUUGGCUUUUUCCUUUCUUUUUAAACUACAGAAUUUGUCGUCAAACGGUGCAAUUUGUUUUCUUCUUUUUAAAAAAAACCCUUUUUUCGUUACUUUUCACUUUACUCCUUUAUUCGCUUUGUUAUCUACAUUGUAUCAUAUAUAUAUUUAUUUGUAUUCUUCUUCAGUCUUUCAAAAUUCAUGUAGUUUUUUCAAACUCCCUUAAUGUAAUCAAUGCAAACAUUGAUGUAUUUGUAUACCAAAGAUUUUCAAUGUAACCUAAAAGGAGAAUGGAUCUAUUUUUAUUUAUUUAUUUACUUACUAAAACCAUAAAUCCGUAUAUAUAUAGUUCUGAUUGUCAUAUAUGUACAUAUAUAUAUAUCUACACACACGCAUAUAUUUAUGAUUAACUAUAGCAGCUCAUAUCCAACUGAUCUCAACAAUUUAUCAUAUAUAUAUACGUGUAUAUGUUACAUUGUUUAUGAAUCCAGCAUUGCUUUAUUUCCUAAUCUCAUUGCAUAACUUAUCAUUCAUAUAAACCUUUUAAUCUAUAUGACAGGGUUUCAAUUCAUGGAAAUAAUAAAUAUUGUACAGAAAUAUAUAUUUAUAUACAUGACUUUUAUUACUGUUGUUAUCAUUUAUUAUUAUCAACUCAUUUGUGACAUUUACUACCUUACAGAAAGAAAAAACAUAUAUUGGUCACUUUUUACUUGUGAAAAAGCAUUAUCAUUAGUUAUUCAUAAAUUGAAAGUUUAUAUCUUACAUCUUAUUACUUAACUUUUGGUCUCACUUGAUAUGUGUAUAAUAAAAAAACCAUAAUUUUAUUUAUAUAGAUUUUAAGAGUAAAUGUUCAAUCCUUAUUGUUUCAAAAUUAUUUCUGUUCAAAGAAGAAAACGUAUAAUCAAUUGUUCUGAAUUGUUC